AUGCAGACUGCUUCUGCAAACAUUUGUGAAAGACUGUGUAAUAAGUCAAUCAGUGAAAUUUCCUUGCUACUAAAUAUUCCACGGUCAACUGUUAGUGGUAUUAUAACAAAGUGGAAGCAACUGGAAACAACAGCAACUCAGCCAUGAAGUGGUAGACCACGCAAAAUGACAGAGCAGGGUCAGCAAAUGUUGAAGUACACAGUGCGCAGAACUUCCCAACUGGCUGCAAAGGCAAUAGCUAAAGACCUCCAAACUUCGUGUGGCCUUCAGAUUAGCACAACUACAGUGCACGGAGAGCUUCAUGGUAUAGGUUUCCAUGUCCGAGCAGCUGCAUUAAAG